AGUACUUUCGUAUUAAUUUGUGAUACGGGAAAGUGACAUGAAGUGUUAGGUGUAAAUAAACUUUUACGACCUUGGUAUGGCUCUACAAGUUGUAGUAAUAAGUGCCACCAACGUCCCAAACCCAGAAACGCUUGGAAAAUGCGACCCGUAUGUAAUAGUGGAAUUCCAAGGACAACGUAAAAAGACAAAAGUAUGCAAGUCGGACUUAAACCCCACAUGGAACGAGAAUGUUGACUUGGAGCUAUCCGGCGCUGGGCUCACUAGCAAGGAUGAGUUGGUCAUCACUAUAAAGGACUGGGAGCGGAUCGGCAGAAACAGGUUGUUGGGAUCGGCGAAGGUGGGUUUAGCGGAACUGGCUCGUGGAGGAGAGCAGGCUAAAGAGCUGAGCAUCAAACUGCAGGAUGGCAAUGGGCGACCGAUCCAGGCUUCUAUCAAUCUAAAGAUCGUCUACCGACCUCUGAAGGGUGCAGGUGGAGGUGGCGGGGACUCGAAAGGUCGAGUGUUAGGCCAGGAUGAUGACGAAGAGGAGGAGGAGGAGUAUGAGGAUGAGAUGCAGGAUGAGGAUGACGAAGUCGAUGGUGUAGACCAGGUGGACGCGGCCACUGGUCAGCCGGUCAAGCGCAAACACAAACAUCGCAGGAAGGGCAGGAAGAAAGUACGGAGUAACCUGUCAACCAAAAUACAGGACUUUCAGAUUCGAAUACGGGUUAUUCAAGCUCGCCAGCUUCUUGGUGCCAAUAUCCAGCCAAUAGCCAAAGUGACGGUUUUCAACCAGACCCACCAGACUCGUGUGAAGAAGUCGACAAACAGUCCAUUCUGGAAUGAGGCGUUUUUCUUCAACUUCCACACCUCUCCCGCAGAACUCUUUGAUGAACUCAUUGAGUUUCAGGUUCACAAUGCGAAGACAUUUAGGUCAGAUGCUUUGAUAGGAUCAUUCAAGUUUGACAUUGGUUUAGUAUACGAUGAGCCCAAUCAUGCAUUCAUCAACAAAUGGCUUUUACUUAGUGAUGCAGAGGACACAAUGGCAGGUGCCAAAGGAUAUCUCAAGAUCUGUGCUGUCGUGCUGGGGCCUGGAGAUGAGGCACCGAGUAUCAAGAGUGGAGCACAAGACGAGGAGGAGGACAUUGAAAGCAAUCUGCUGCGACCGGCCGGUGUUCAGCUGCGUCCUGCGACAUUCAAACUUCGACUGUACCGAGCUGAAGACAUUCCCAGGAUGGACUCUGCUUUCAUGGAAGGUGUGAAAAAAGUGUUCAACAUUGGAGAAGAGCAAAAAGAAUUGGUCGACCCAUACUUCGUGUUUUCCUUUGCUGGCAAAGAGGUGAAAUCACGAAUCAUGUAUUGCUGUGAUCAUCCUGAAUGGAAUCAGGAACUCCGACUUGGCUUGCAGUUUCCAUCGAUGUGUGAACGAAUCAAGUUCAUGAUCCGAGAUUGGGAUCGGAUGAGCGAAGAUGACAACGUGGGGACUUUAUUUUUACCCCUUUCUUUAAUAUCCUCCCCUGGAGACACCGACAAUGAUGAGGGAUUUCUUCCCACCUUUGGACCGUGUUACAUCAACUUCUACGGUUCAACUCGUGAAUACUCCGAUCUCCCGGAUGAGUAUGAUGACCUCAAUCUAGGAAAGGGUGAGGGUGUGGCGUACCGAGGCCGGGCACUGGUGGAGCUGGUCACAGAACUCGGUCAGUUACCUGAGGUGGCUUCCGAUGACAUCAAAAACGAUGACAUUCUUAGAGUACAGAAGUUCAUGCGUCGACGCCGAUACCGCCUCCAUGCCGCAUUCCAGAAUGCCACAAUGAUCAAUGCAGUGGACGCCCCAGUUGAGUUCGAAAUCAGCAUAGGUAACUAUGGUAACAAACUUGAUGAGAAUGUUGCUCCGUGUGCUUCAACGACCCAGCCAACAAAUGCAGUGUUUGAUGGCUGCCACUACUACUUCCUGCCGUGGGGUGGUACGAAGCCAUGCGUCGUGGUCGAUAGUCACUGGGAGGACAUCAGCUUCAGACUGGAGGCUCUCAACCUGCUCCUUAAGAUCAUCUCCUCCUUGGAGUCGAAUAUUGAGAGAGUCCGUAUUGGAAUCAAGGCCAAGCUGCCGACACCUGAACUGGCUCAGCUUCUCAUCUCACUGCUCGACCAGCUGGUCACAGACUGCAAAAAACCUAUUCCCUCCCCACAGGCGGGACACCACGUACCCAACGAACUAGACCGUGUACUGAAUGAAUACCGAGUGAGUGAGCUGCAGAACAUCAGUGGCAUGGCAAUGAAGCUGCGCGAGAAUGCCACCGAUGUGCACGAAGCGCUAUCCGAUACAGAGAACUACCUUGCUUUACUCAAAAACCUUGCUACAGAGCCCCAGAACAGUGUUCCGGACGUGGUGAUCUGGAUGAUCAGUGGAGAGAAGAGAAUCGCGUACUACCGAAUCCCAGCCAACGAGCUGCUGUAUUCAUCCGACACAAUGUACCGCGGCAAAUACUGCGGCAAGAUUCAGACCAUUCAGUUGAAGUACCCGGGCUCUAAGAGUGAGAAGGAGAAGAAGGCGGAGAUCCCUGCUCUGCUGCGACUGAAGCUGUGGCUGGGUCUGCAGAACCAGGAGCUGGAGUGGCACAAGAUGCAGAAAGAAGGGGAACUCGCUGUGUUCGCUGAAACCUAUGAAAAUAUGGUGAAUAUUCUCGGAACGUGGACUAACAAGGGACCAACCAUGUCUCGACCAAAGUUUUCAGACAGCCAAGGGAAGGUGUCUCUACCCAAGGAAGGUUUCAUUCCUCCAGAAGGUUGGCGUUGGGACUCCGACUGGUACAUCAGUCCUGAACUCAGCAUGCUGUUUGACAAGGAUGCUGGACACCACCAGUUUAUGGAGGACAUCUAUGAGUGUCAGAAUCGUAAUCUUCCAGGAGGCCACUGGGGGGAGGCUUCACGUCCGUGGACCGAUGUGAAAGGAGACCCAUGUCCGAAUCGGGAAGAGACCGUGCUGCCGGCAGGUUGGAAGUGGGACUACGACUGGCAGGUGGAUCUGAGUCGCGCCGUCGAUGAGGAAGGUUUUGAGUACUGUGUGGAAGCUACUAUCGGCGGUUACGGUCCAGUGGAGAAGACGUACCACCUGUGUCGGCGGCGGCGAUGGGUGCGGUCACGGACCAUGGUGAUGGAUGUCAAGAAGCAGGCUGAGAAGGAGAAGUUCAAACAGAAGAGAGAGGAGGGCUGGGAGUAUGCGCCAUUGUUCAACAUGAAGUUCCACGCCCAGGAGCGCACCAUGGACCUGGUGCGGAGGCGCAGGUGGCACCGCAAGAUGGUCGCCGAGGAUCCACGCGCCAGCUGUUUCUUCAGCAUAAAGCUUGAUGAAGGAGAUCAAGUGGACACGUCAAUGACAGCUCCCCGGAUGUUUCUCACGUUCGACAAGGCCCAGAAGUACCAGCUCCGAGCGUACAUCUACCAGGCUCGCGACCUGCUGGCGGCAGACGACACUGGCCUGUCAGAUCCGUUUACGCGUGUGUCGUUCCUCACCCAGAGCAUGGUGACGGAGAGAGUGCACAAGUCGCUGUGUCCCACCUGGGACCAGACACUCAUCUUCGGAGAGAUCGAGAUCCAUGGGAACCCCAAGGGCAUCGAGGCUCAACCGCCCACCAUUGUGCUCGAACUCUUCGAUCACGACACCUUUGGUAAACCGGAAUUCCUGGGUCGUUCUAAAGCCCAGCCAAUGGUGAAGCUUGACCCUGCUGACGCUAGGACUCCUGUUCUACAGUGGUAUGACAUCACCCGACAGGGACAGGAAGGGGGAGAACUCUUGGCAGCAUUUGAGCUCUUCUUGAUGACCGGCAAAGAUCUUCCAUUUUUGCCCCCAAAGAAAGGCAGCUUGUUCCUUGUACCCAAUGGUAUCCGACCAGUCAUGCAGAGGACUGGAAUCGAGGUUCUGGCGUGGGGUGUGAGGAACAUGAAGAAGUUCCAGCUGGCCAAUGUGUCAUCUCCCAGCAUCGAGUUUGAGUGUGGCGGCCACGUCGUCAACACGUGUGUCAUUAAGAACACCAAGAAAUGUCCAAACUUUGACGAGAAUCUCUACUUCUUUGAUGUGAUGCUGCCGAAGGAGGAGCUGUACAUGCCUCCGAUGAACAUCCGGGUUCGAGACCACCGCCAGUUCGGACGCAGACCCACCGUGGGCAACGUCGUCCUGAGAACACUGGAGGAGUUCCGCUGUGACCCUCUCAUUGUUACAGAGGAGGAUGAAGGGGAUGGGAGCAUUGUGGGAAACGGUCCUACAGGAGAACAUGUUGUUGAUAUGCCAGAGGAGAAGAAACCUAAGACUUCUUUAUUUCAACAUCCCAAGCUCUUUGGUGCAAAGAGGUUAUCUUACCCUCAGAUGGAGUUACCCGAUCUUACUUUACGUAAAGCUGAGAUUCAGGAGGCGGAUCUGUUGGAUGAGGAAAUAGACUGGUGGUCCAAGUACUACGCCUCCAUAGGGGAGACAACCAAGUGUAAGAAGUACCUGGAGUUGGGUCUCGAUAAACUGCUGAUAUUGAAGACCGAGUUGGAAAAGAGCGAAGGUUACAAUGGGUUCAAUGAUUUCUGUCACACGUUUGAAUUGUGUCGCGGAAAGAAUGAAGAUGAAGAAGAAUCUAAUGCAGUUGGAGAGUUCAAGGGAUCUUUCCGGGUGUAUCCACUUCCCCCUGACCCGAGCGAGCCCGUACCAGAUCGGAUCCUGAAAAGUGUACCCACACUUCCCGACAGCUUCACUGUCCGUGUGUACGUUGUCCGGGCGAUUGACCUGCAGCCCAACGAUCCCAGUGGACUGGCGGACCCAUACCUCGAAGUGGUUUUGGGCAAGACAAAGAGGAACACCAGAGAUGAGUACCUCCCCAACACCAUCAACCCGGUCUUCGGCAGUUUGUUUGAGCUGACGGCGCGGAUUCCCAUCGAGAAGGACCUGAUCGUCCGCGUGAAGGACUAUGACCUCAUCAGUUCUGACGACGUCAUCGGCGAGACCAUCAUCGACCUUGAGAACCGAUUCCUCACCAAGUUCCGAGCCACAUGUGGGCUGCCAAAGACUUACUGCACGUCUGGUAUCAACGAGUGGCGAGACUGUAUGAAGCCCAAGGAGAUCCUCGAGGAAUACUGCACCAACAUGACCAUGUCUGCUCCGCUCUUCAUCGGAAACAACAGUGUCAAGGUCGGCAAGCGAGUCUACAACCUCUCAGAAUUUGAGCAAAACUUGAAGCUGAAUCCUCACCAUGGACCUACAGAAGAGAGACUGGCGUUACACGUGCUCAACACGCUGCCCUUGGUGAAGGAACACGUCGAAACACGGCCCCUCUUCAACCCCCUACAGCCCGACAUUGAACAGGGUAAACUACAGAUGUGGGUGGAUGUCUUUCCUGCUAGCCCAGGACCACCAUUCAAUAUCAGUGCAAGAAAACCUAAAAAGUACGUGCUGCGUAUGAUUGUGUGGAACACGGUGGACGUGAUUCUGGAGGAGGAGUCUAUCACCGGGGAGAAGAUGAGUGACAUCUACGUCCAGGCGUGGAUGUCCGGCGUCGAUGAGAGACAGAAGACCGACGUUCACUACAGGUCACUGGAUGGUACUGGUAAUUUCAACUGGAGAAUGGUUUUCCCAAUAGACUACCUGCCAGCAGAGCAGACCAUGGUUCAUAAACGCAAGGAACAUUUCUGGAGUCUUGAUGACACGGAACUCUUCUUCUCCCCACUGCUGAUGGUUCAGAUCUGGGACAAUGACAAUUUCUCUCCUGAUGAUUUCCUUGGCACGUGUGAGUUGAACCUGAACUGUGUGCCGAGACCGGCCAAGAAGGCAAGUUCCUGCUCGCUGAAACUGGUGCCAGACAUGGAUGCGGCGAAACCCGUCAAGACCGUCAACCUGUUUGAGUGUCGCCGGCUCCGCGGAUUCUGGCCCGCAUUCAGCGACGAGGAGGGAGACCGCAGACUGACCGGAAAGCUGGAGCUGGAACUGGAGUUACUGACAGAGGAGGAAGCAAAUGAGAGGCCAGCUGGAACUGCUCGGGACGAACCCAACGAAAACCCCAAACUAGACCCACCCAAUCGUCCCGAGACCUCGUUCCUGUGGUUUGCGAACCCACUGAAGACGCUGCGCUACAUCAUCUGGAGGAACUACAAGUGGUACAUCAUCGGUCUGCUGCUGCUCAUCCUCUUCAUCCUCAUCAUUGCACUCUUCAUCUACUCCUUCCCGGGUGAGAUCUCGAGGAAGAUUGUUGGAAACUAAAUUCAUGACUGAAGAUGUAUACAAACUUUGCUGUAUGAACAAAUAUAAUUAUUUUCAUCAAGAACAAAAUAAACCUCCUUGCAGAAGAUACAGACAGAAAUGUUUUACUUUACUUUGAAAAUUACUACCAUGUCCUAAAUAACAGUACACAGCAGUAAAAAUAAAACAACACAUAUGACGUGUGAAUCAAGUUCUGAAUGGAGACAUCAGAAAGGCAUGUCAUCUCAACAGAAUUGAUCUUAAUGGUUUCUAACAUAUGCUGAAAUAUAUUGUCAAACAUACAUUUGGGUUUAAUGGUACUUGCAGUGAAGAAUGUGGAUAUAUAUAUCACCUAUUUUCAUCACUGGUUAAGAGAUGAUAUGCCAUUGUCCAUUAAAAAACUCUUGGCACUUAGAGUCAUGUAUGGUAGACUGAAUUGUAAAAAAUAAAAGACACAGUUCUUUGCCAUACUGGUUUUCUUUCCAGUGAAAUAUGCAGAUCUACUCUGAGAUAGACUGAACCAUUCAUCCAUAACUUAUGUCAGAGCUCAGUGAAUUGUUGUUUAACAUGCAGAUAGGUUACAGCUAUUGUUGUAAACGUAGUGCGAAUACACCACUUAUACUAUCUGGGGCGUAGCCAGAGAGGAAAAAAUGUUGAGGUAAACCCAGACUUGUAAAAUAAAUAUCAGUGUCAUGGGAAAAUAAAACAAAUCUGGGGAAAUUCCAGAUGAGGCAAGCGCCUCGUCUGCCUCAUGCUGGCUACGCCAUUGACUAUAGUAACAAUACGAUAACCACAUAAUAUUCAAUGUGACUGAUAUUAUGAAACACAAUGACUGACUUAUUCUGUUAAAUAUGUUUUCAUUUUGUUUUGUUUCUAUGCAGUGUAUAAAUUAAUUUUGUUAAUUGAAACGUAUCUGUCCAAAUUUACCAAGCCUGUUUUAGUGUUACAUACAAUGUAACUCCAUACAUUUAUAAUACUUAAAAACUGCGUUUAAGACAAACAGGCUUUUUAAAUUCAGCCCAUUGUGUUUUGCUGAGAGUUCUGUUUAAUUAAUAUUCAGUGUAAAACAUGCCUAAUGUUUAACUUAGUAUUGUGAAACAUCUGUAGUGUUUUGCUUGCCUUGUAUAACAUGUUUCAUUUUGUUUUGUUAAACACUUUCAAUUUGUUCUAUGAAACAGUUUCAAUUUGUUCUAUGAAACAGUUUCAAUUUGUUCUAUGAAACACUUUCAAUUUGUUCUAUGAAACAGUUUCAAUUUGUUCUAUGAAACAGUUUUAAUUUGUUCUAUGAAACAGUUUCACAUUUGGUAAAUUGUUUCAAUUUGUUAUGUGAAACAUGCCUUGUGUUUCACUUUUGUCAACAAUGUUUUUUAUUUUUCAGUGAAAGAUGCAGUUUCGCUUUAUUUAGUGAAACCUGUUUCCCUCAUUCUGUGAAUUAUGAAUGUCUCACUUUACUGUGUGAAAAAUGCAUAGUUUCAAUUUAUUUUGUAAAAAAAUGCAUAGUGUUUCACUUUAUGAAACAUGUCUAGUCUGAAAUAGCACAACAAUCACGCAUUACUGAAUGGUAUUCGUUAUUCUGUACAAUGUGUUAUAAUCUAUAUAUAAAUUACAGCUACUGUAGCAGUGAAGACUUUGCAAUUUAUUUGUAUGAGGACAUAUUUGAAUUAUACAUCAAACUAAUCACCGUUCUGAUCACUGAUUACUAUUGUUAGUAUGAAGCUAACAUCUCAGCAAGCAUUACAUUAUAAUAAAAGUUCUUGGUAUUAAUUUUUAUAAAUUAAUUUUGUUUAAUUGUGAUAGAGUAAUUUUUGUCUCGCCUUGAUGGAAUAAAAAGGCGAGAUGUUGGUAUUAUUUUUUUCCGGUGGCAAUGGCGGUAAUUUUUAUAUUUACCCAUAGCUCCAACAUUAAGUUUUUAAAAUGCAUGUUAAAAAUAAUUAAUUAAUUUUUGUUAUAAUUUUUUUUUUAAACUUGGAAAAUCCUGGAUGUUCAGUUUAUACUAGGCAAGAUAUUUUAAGUCUGCAAAAUGUUUGUUACAUUAUGUAGAAGAAAUGAUUGCUUCAACAACAACAGUGGAACUGUAUUAAAGGCUACUCAUUGAUAUACUGAUUGAAAGAAAUAAGGGAACAUGAUAUCUAAGACUAAAUUGACUUCACUGUUAGGGUAGGUAUGUCUGUAUAAAGUUCAGAGAUGUAAUGCCUGAUUGAAUGUCAAUACUGUCAGUUUGACUGCCAACAACAGUUAACUUGGACGAGAGCUUUGGUAGCAGUUAAUAUUUGCUGACAUUACAAUUUGUGUUCCCUUAUUUCUUUCUAUCGCAAUAAUAAUUGUCUUAAUUGUAAUAUUUUUGUGCAUGUUCUAUUUUUCAAAAUGUACUUGAAACUGUUUUGCUUGUUUACUGGCAUGAGUUUCCCACCAGAUUCAGUUUUUUGAAGACUUUAUUGUUAACUGAUUGCUCCAUGACAUAGAAGUGAAUAUAUGUUGUAUGGAAGUUGUUAUUCCAGGGACCUGUGAUAUAUGACAUGCACUGUCUUAAUAUUGCGUACCUAAUUGUGUGAUGCCAUCGAAACCGAUAUUAAAAUGUUAGUAGUAAAAGAAAAAUAGAGGAAUGAUAUUAGUCAUAUUUAUGCAUGUAUUUAUUAUAAUAUUUAAAACUUUUCUAAACUCUGCAGGAAACAAACCGGUUACCAUGACAACAAGGCUGCUUCCUUUCUCAUUUUCCCCAUUACGUUAUUACCUUUUCUUUUUUAUUUACCAAUUUGUUUGGAAAUUUUCUUUUGUUGCUAAUGACCAGAAAGAGGAAUUCAUGUCAAUUGGAACCAAAUAUGUCAUUACUAAAUUAUCAUUACAUGUUGUCUGUUUUACAUUUUCUCAGUGAUAUUAUGGUGAUUAAAGGGUUAAUAAAAUGAGAGGAAGCACAUUGUUGAAGGAUGGUGUUAUUUACUGGCGUAGACAGGAUUUUAUAUUGGCAGGGGUCAACCCAUAUUGGAAGGGGAGAGGCCAACCCACACCAUGUAUGUAUGAUUUUAUAAAAUUUAAUAGUUUAAAAACAAAAAAAAGGUUUGAUUUGGGGGGCAUGCCCCAUGUGCUCACCACUGGUGUUAUUGGUUUUGAAAAUAAACUAAAAUAUCUCUAAAUCUGUUUGUAAACGUGUGUAGCUUUGUUCCAUGAAAUACAGUUUAUUCCCCAUAUUGUUGGAUGCAUCAAAGUGAGAUGUAUCUGUGGGAAACACACUGCCUGUUCAUAACAUCGCAAACUUCCAUCUGUCGUACUGGGAUAAUAAACAGAACGUUAAACAACUCUACCAUGUUGAAUCAAAUUUAUGUCCCUCACAAAUCGUUUUCAGUUGGGACAUAAACUUGAUACAAAUUGUUUAUUAUUUUAUAAAUAUAUCUUGUUUAUUAUUUUAUAAAUAUAUCUUUUGAGUGUACUCUCUAUAUAUUUUCUAUAUUGUAUAUAGCAUUAACAUAUAUAGCAUAUUAUUGGUAAUCUAUAAUUGUUUUAUACUUCUGUGGUAUUUAUUUUUUCAUACAUUCUCUAAUAAACUUAUUUUACGGAUGUGAUUUAGAAUAAUCAGUACUGCUUGUAUGCUGUAAAUAUAAUAUAUCUUGCUUGUUAUAAAGAUUUCACGCAAUCCGCUGAGCAACAUUUCUUGUGGUUAAAAACGAACAACAUUAGUGCAAUAUUGCUUGUAAGUUUUCCCCCAGUCAUUAACAGAUUAAAGCAUUGUCUUCCAGUAUAUAAUUCUGACAUUACAAAAGUUAUUAAAAUCAUCUGGCUUAAGAGAAUACACAUGUAUGUGGGAUUAUCUUUCAGAACAGUUGUUGAAAAUUCAGGGAUUUAAUAAAAAAAAAGUUUAAACCGAGCCCUGUGUUAACUAACUUGACUAUUCUGUGCCAUUACUAGAGAGCUCACCUGAGCUGCUUGGGUGGUAGGAUUGGAGUUUUCCUGGUGUAUCAAAGGCCGUGGUAUGUCAUGUCUUGUCUGUUAGAAAAUGCAUGUAACACAUCCCUUAUUGCUAAUCGUAAAAUGCAGCAUGUUUCUCUGAAGUCUACAGGUACGUGGCAGAAUUACCAAAUGUUUGACAUCCAAUAGCUGAUGAUUAAUUAAUCAAUAUGCUCUAGUGGUGGUGUUAGAAAAGGAAAAUAAGUAGCACAGGUACCUGCAGUUUAGCUGUGACCUGAAUGCAUCCUGGGGCCUAAUUCACUAAACUCUCGCAACUUUGCGAUCUCGCAGUGCAAUGCUAAAAGGCUUACAAAGAGGAUGCUUUGUUGUCUAGCAGAGCCUAAGAGAUCUUUGUGAAUUAGGCCCCUGGUUUCCAUGUGUUGUAUUAACAUUGGUUCAUUAUUAACACUUGCUUUUCACCACACAAAUCUCGCUUGUUUAUCAUUCUUAAGAAGUCCGACUAUACCCCUGUAAAGUGUAUUAAUAUUUUUAAGAAAAUACAAAUUAACUUGAUAUAUAUAGACAGUAUCAUAAUAUGGCAUGCAUAAUGUUUCAAGACUUUUUAACUAAGAAAAAUAUAUUUUCAUUAAAAGGUGUAUUUUUAUAUAUGUGUGUUGUAUAAUUAGCAAGUAGUUAUGUGCAAUAUUUAAUUUCAUAUUAUACCUGUAUAUGUAAAUAUCUUGAUUUUUCUAAACAUCUUUUGUCUUUUAAUAUGACAAACAAAUAAUACAAUAAAUAAAUAGUGGGAAAAGUUUGUAACAUUUUUGUUUUUGACAGUCAGUCUUUGACUUCAAUGUUUACAAAUAAUGUUUUUCUAUAAGAAAAUAUCAGUGUGUUGUUAUGCUUCUCAGUGUCUUAUAUAUACUCCAAACAUUAAGCAGUUUAAAGGUGGGGGGUCUUCACAAAUUAUCUUUCCACUUGUAUGUCAAUUAUUUUAUCACUAUCAGUAAUAUAACAUACACAUUUGUGCCAAAACACCCAACAUGUCAGUACCAUGAAUUAACAAGAACGGACAUCUAUCUCACUGCAAUGAACAAAUAUAUCACAUUGAUCAUACUUACCACAUUAGUGGCUUAAUUUGUUAUUUUUUGGUGUGGGGGGUAUAUUAUAUAUAUAUAUAUAUAUAUAUGCAAGUAUACAUACACUCAGUUAUUGUUGUAUAAAUACAAAUCUUGAUGUCGACUAUUGACUCGGAGAUAACUAUAGUUUGCACAUGUUCGACCACACGGUGAAAUGUACAAACAGUGAAAUUCUUAUUACAUGACAAAAUACUUAAGGUGUGUGUUUAUUAUUUACAAAUGUGUAACCUUGUAAUCAUGUUUUUGGCUUGUAAAUAUUUACCAGCUAAAUCCAAAUGUCAUUGAUGUCAUAUGUUUGUGGUAUAUAUAAAUGUACAUCGUAUUCAACACUCGAAGUGCGAUAUACAUGAUAUGCAACAUAAUGUUGUUGGGUUGGGUGUUUUCAGGUUUUGAAAAUUUGUUUUCCUGUUUGUUAUCCUGGUUCAAACUUCAAAAUUAAUUCUGAUCUUUCUAAAACAUUUGUCUUGGCCUACUUUGUAAGACAUUAACAUUUAUUGUGACAUCUUUCUAAGAUUUAUUGCAGCCUUUUGUAAGACACUGUGACCUUCGUUCUAAGACAUCAACAUUUUAAUUUUAUUGUAGCCUAUAUUCUAGUGUUAAGGACUACACUUUGGGCAGAUAGUGAUGUAAAAUGCAAUGCUAGACAAUGGUUGCAGGCAACAAAUGAUUGUUAGUUAUAUCAUCUGAGAACAGACUCCAUUUUCACCAUGGUACUAUAUUGAGUUUAUACAAUCUGGCAACUAAAGCACCGACAUUCUGAAAAUAACACCAAAGAUAAAAUAUAGAACAUCGAAAUCUCAUAUCUCGCACUCCGAUAUUUACAUAUGUAUAAGCAUAAUUAGUACAGUUUUAUAGAAUACUGUAUCGGUAGAAAUGUUAUUAGAGUUAAAAUAUAUUUUGUUAAUUCUGUAUUUGUUCAUUUCCUCCCACCUACAGAUUUUAACACUAGCAUUCUUGUUUUUCAUUUCAACUUAUUUUCGUGCUUAUAUUUAAUUAAGGUUCAAGCAUGCUGUCCUGGGCACACACCUCAGCUAUCCGGGCUAUCAGUCCAGGAUAGUGAGUUACCACGACACCACUGAGGCCAGUGCAUCCUUAUUAAUAUACCUGCAUAAUAUGCCCGUCAUAAUUAGUAGUUAUUUCCCUUUGUAGAAGUUGUUGGGAUUGUCUUCCUUUAUGAAAAGUUUAAUAAUAUUUAUUGAAGUAUUUUACUUGGUUGAUUAAGUAUAAGCAGUUAUCAGGGGUGGAUCCAGUGAAGUGAUCACGGAAUUCAGUUACCAGGGGUGGAUCCAGUGGAUUGAUCACGGGACGGUUACCAGGGGUGGAUCCAGUGGAUUGAUCAUGGGAUACAGUUACCAGGGGUGAAUCCAGUGUAGUGAUCAUGGGAUGCAGUUACCAGGGGUGGAUCCAGUGUAGUGAUCAUGGGACAGUUACCAGGGGUGGAUCCAGUGGAUUGAUCAUGGGAUGCAGUUACCAGGGGUGAAUCCAAUGUAGUGAUCACGGGACGGUUACCAGGGGUGGAUCCAGUGUAGUGAUCACGGGAUGGUUACCAGGGGAUUGAUCACGGAAUGCAGUUACCAGGGGUGAAUCCAGUGUAGUGAUCAUGGGGUGGUUACCAGGAGUGGAUCCAGUGCAGUGAUCAUGGGAUUGUUACCAGGGGUGGAUCCAGUGGAGUGAUCAUGGGGUGGUUACCAGGAGUGGAUCCAGUGUAGUGAUCAUGGGGUGAUUACCAGGAGUGGAUCCAGUGCAGUGAUCACUGGGUGCAGUUACCAGGGGGGGAUCCAGUGGAGUGGUUACCAGGGGUGGAUCCAGUGGAGUGAUCAUGGGGUGGUUACCAGGAGUGGAUCCAGUGGAGUGAUCAUGGGGUGAUUACCAGGAGUGGAUCCAGUGCAGUGAUCACUGGGUGCAGUUACCAGGGGUGGAUCCAGUGGAGUAGUUACCAGGGGUGGAUCCAGUGGAGUGAUCAUGGAGUGGUUACCAGGGGUGGAUCCAUUGGACUGAUUACCAGGGGUGGAUCCAGUGGAGUGGUUACCAGAGGUGGAUCCAGUGGAGUGGUUAUCAUGGAGUGGUUACCAGGGGUGGAUCCAGUGGAGUGAUCAUGGAGUGGUUACCAGGGGUGGAUCCAGUGGAGUGGUUACCAGGGGUGGAUCCAGUGGAGUGAUCAUGGGAUGGUUACCAGGGGAGUGAUUAUGGGGUUCAAACCCAUCCCUUUUCGGACAUGUUGGCUUUAAAUAUCUUCAAAACACUUUUAUUAUCUAUAGUCUAUUCAGGGGUAGCUGCAGGAUUUUUAUAGGGAUGGUGUGCAACAUCAAAAAGGGAACGCAUGUACACAUAACAUAAAUAUAACCGAUAUAUGUAUGUUUUGUAAUUUAAAAAGAGUAAUAACAGUUAACUUGUUGAUCUCUAGUAUCUAUAGAUGUACAAAAAGACUAAUUGAGAUAAACAUUUAUUAAAUUUUAGUAUAAACUACAUUAUACAUGACAUUCUAAAUGUUGGCCAGAAAAUAGAAUUUAUAACUAUAGUUACAACUUGCUUUAAACAGGGUAAACAAAUAUGAAUAAAUGUUCAAUACUUAUUUUCUUAAAUAUUCAUAUAUAAACUUUUAAAACUUGGUGGUGGGAGGUCUAUAGAGAACAAAUGGGUAACCAAGAGGAACAAAUAUCAUUUGAGCAAACAUUGACCAAUAGUGAUAUUGUUAAAGACUUCUGUACAAUAGUUUACACUUUAUUUUUCAAAUGUAUAGUUACAUACAAACAUAGUUUGAAAACAUUGCUUUUGCUUUGUAUCAAGCUGCUUCUAUUCCUAGAAUGGUUAACAAAACAAACUUGUAUAUAAUAUACUAGACCUGUAGUAAUACACAUAUUAUUAAAUAGGUCGUCUUUCACUCAUCAAAAAUUUUAUUCUUUAUUUUAGUGUCACUUUGAUUAAAACCAAUAAUUGUUAUUUGUUAUCUGUUAAUACUAUUUUUGUUUCUGGUAAAUUUAUCUUUUUCCUCUUGUAAUAUUACAAGUUGUGAUAAAUAUAAAGAUACAGACACUCUAUUUUCAUGCCUAUAUCAAAUUAAAUGUUCAGGCACAUCUAUCCCGGAUGCAACCUCUGACCUUGCCAGUGGCUGGGUCAGGGACAACCAAUAAUGAACAUAAAUAUAUUGCGUAAUACUAUGUACAUUAUCCUAGCAAACUCACAUCUGUAAGUUGAAAUACAUUAUGUAUAACAGAGCCAAUAAAACCAAAUUCAGUCAUCUGUUUUCAGUAAAAAAAAAAUAUUGUUUCCAUGUUCAAAAUGAAAAUAAGGAAAUAUUUUGCAACUAGAAUUCACGUAUAUUUCUAGAGUAUGAAAAACCAAUUUGUACAGAAUUAAAUAUGCGACUGCAUAUUAUCAAGAACACCUGCAAUUAAUAAUGAUAAUAAAACGUUAUCUUGGCUUGCUAAAUGUUUAUUCAUGAUAUAACCAGCCAUUCUGUUAAACAGUGUACCGUAAUACCCUUGGUUAGAGAAUAAAUUAUUCUAAAACAUU